UUAACGUAGUCAAAUUGGCAGUGCUUGAGAAGGCUUCCUGAUUCAAUCUCCUCAGGAAAGUGGAAUAAUAGUUCUUUCAGGUGCUUUGCACCCAGCUGGUACAGGGAGGAUUUCUGUUUGAAUCUUGCUUAAGAAAUGUCAGAACUGCUUUAGGCACCUGUCCACAGCCUAAAUAUUUUUAGUUGGUAGUUUGUGGACAUUGUGGACAUUUGGCUUUUUAAACCAAAAUGUUAGUGGGACUUUAAGGGAAAAAAAGUUAAUGCUUUUAAUGAAGGCAUUUGCAUGCAGUUACGUAAUUGAACUUAAACAUGUUCAACGUUUUUCCUGCUUUUGACUACCAGCUGAAUUAUAUUACCAUCCUAAGGGAAACCCAGCUAUCCUGUGCUGACAUUAUGGGAAACCUGUUACUAAGGGAACGUUAUAUUUUUUAAAACUUUCCUUUGGGAAAGCAGAAGCUUUUUCUGACUAAAAAGCUGCUGGAAAUGAGCCAAUACAUGGAAAUCAGCAGGUUUCUUGGGGGAGGUUAGGAUUUCUCCCAGAAAACAGACUGUACUGGUCUAUGCUAGGAUAAUUACUGUUUAAGAGUCUAAAAUACAAGAAAGUAACAGCAAAGAUAAGUUCAAGCAGUUUAAAAUACACUGUUUAUGUGACCUGAGUUAUACAACUAACACAAUUUUGCCUACAUAUGUUUCUAGGGCCAAAAAUAAUUAUCUGUGCUGAUUUUGGUGCUCAUGAAUUGAAUGUUAAAAAAGAGUCAUCGCUUCUUUGCCAUGUGCGGAGCAGCUCCAGCUCUAAGCCAGGAGGAAGAUCUGGACCUGCUAAGCAGCCACUAAAGAAACCAAAGUUACCAGUGGGUCGGUUUGAUGAACCAGAAGAGUCCAGUAUGGAGAAGGAGCCCUUGGAAAAAUUCCCUGAUGGAAUCAAUCCUACUACAAAAGAGAGAGGUGGACCUAGAGGCCCCGAACCUACACGUUUUGGAGACUGGGAGAGAAAAGGACGUUGUAUAGAUUUCUAAUAUUUAAAUGUCUGUAUUGCUAAUAAAAUAUUUAUAGUUGCUAAAAAAUAUAAUGUACAGAAAAAUCUCACCUGGAUUUCUCAUGGAGCUUAUAGUUUCUGUCAUGCCACCAAAUUCUGUCAUGUGAUGAAUUUUCUGAAUAAUGCAAUGUAAUUAAAUGCAGUGCUGCAGCUGAGAUUAUGGAGCUGUUAGUGGCUCAGUGUCUGCCUGGUCUUUAAUACUAUUUACACUGUGCAAGUAUAAAUGCAAGUAUGAAAUUGUGUAGUCAGGAGCUUAUUGAGAUGUAUAAAGGCUUGUAUUUCUUCAUGAAUGUAAAGAUUUACAUGGUGUUGUAAAUGUGUUGAAAGAACUUUUCAUUUAAUGAACCUGGACACCAUCAAAAGUAGAACCAACUCUGAGGAGAUCAGUAAGUCACUGAUUUCACACAGUAGUUUCCUGGUAAAAGCCCCUUUACUCAAGAACCUUCCCUCUGUCCCCAUUGCAGUGAGUUGGGUGUUUCUUCCUGUUUGUAGGAAAGGGACAAUCUUGUCUCUGAUUGAGGACUGUAAGUACCACAAUGGAAAUGGAGACUUAAUUUUGGAGAGGGUCAGCGCUUGAUUGCAAGUAGUGUGUGUAGAGGUGCUCUGUUUGCAAUUCUAGAACACUGUUCUUUAUCACCUGUCUUCUUCAUGCUAUUUGCAUUAUCUUUUCUUUUGUAAGUGGAGGUGCCCUUUUGCACAUGGGCUAAAUGCUGCUUGGGAAAAAUGUCUGAAAUCUUAUGGUCAAAGUGGACAAAUUCCACUUGGUGAUCUAAUAUUGCAGGUCUUAAAACUAAGUUAUCUGGCAUCAAACUAAAUAUCUUUCAGUCAGACUGAGCUCAGUUCUUCAUUCAAGAACUUGUCUAGUCAUAAGUACUGUAGUAGUAGAGUGUAAAUCUACCACUUGUGUAAUUACUAAUGAGAGUAGGUUGUCAUUGAAAUGUGUGAAUGUGUGCUCUAUUUCUGUGCAAGUUCUUUUUGAUAGCCUGAACAAAUGGAUCUUCUCUUUCUAGAGAAAGGUGUGGGUUUUGCAUUACUCUGGCUCUGUGUGGGCUUUGCCCAGCUUUCCCUUUGCGUGGUUUAACCAGAGAAAUAAAGCGUGUUGGUCUUGUCAAAAACCGGAGCAGCCUCCCCUAAAACUCACCUGAGUGGCAGCCAGUGGGGGAGCUCCUUGUUGAAGUCUGACAGUUAGUGUAUCCAGUGUGUAUGUUAGAGACAUAGUCUUGCUAUAAUCCUGAGUUUGGAUGUUUGUCUCACUGAGAUGAUUCCCUACAAAAAUACUGAACCUGUUCAGUUAUAGGUUUAUCAACAAAUACCUCACUGACAAGCAAAAUGAGAUUAAUGAAAGCUCAUAAAAGGUGUUAAUUAGUGGUAAUUAUAUUUCAAACCUUUGAAUUAUGCAGCAUGGCUUGGAUAUUGGAAAAUUUGUUUAUAUUUAUAUCUAAUUCAUUCUAGUUUCUCUUUUGUAGAGUGACAAAUCUUUCCAAAAUCUAUUGACAUUUCCAGUUACCUAAAGAUAGACUGGGUCAGAUAAACUGGGUCAGCUGUCUUUAAUAUAUGCUGUUUUUAAUUUUUUCUAGUUUUGCCUUUUCAGUUGCUGGUGUGUUGGAAAAUACUUUCUCACACAAUACACUGCCUUUUCAAAUAGGAAGUGGAAAUUUUAAUUGGAAGGUUCUGCCUUUUCUGCAUCAUUAAUAAUAGGCUUAACAUCUUCAUUCAUGAAGAGGUGGCAAAAUACUGCAGUUAUUUAUUUUUUAAUUCUAAAUCUUCUCCAUGGAUUGUUGCAUUACUUCAUUAUCUUCUCAUACCAUGUUUUACCCUUCCCAGCACACACUCCGUGUUUAUCUAGUUGCACUUCUUGGCAUUCCUGAUUUUCAAAUCUAAGUGCUUUUCUCAGUGCUGACUGCAGGUGCAUUCCUCCCUGGGUACAGAAUUAACACUGUUUUGAUUUAGCAUACGAGGAACUGGUCUCACUUUUCCAUCAUUUUCCUUACAUUUCAGUUGCUUUGUCUCCCUCAGUCUUUGGUCUCCCUCAGCUUUGUGCUUAAGGGCUGACCCAAGUAGUGUCCAGGCCCCUGUUUGUCUUCUUUCAUGUCGGUGAUGACUGCUGCUGCCACAGCCACAGGCAGGCAGUCCUUCCUGUCGGAGCUCAGGCAGGUCCUAGACACUCCCUGCCAAUAUCCAUGAAGUACCUGGAUUUGGAAGAUAGUUCUGAGAGCACUAGUAUCUGUACCAGUAAGAAAGUGUCUCAUAAAGGCAGGGAUUUUGUUUUCCUUCAAAAAAUGGAAUCACAGAAUAUUUGAAGUUGAAAUAAACCUGUACGAUCAUCAAGUCGAACCAUUAACCCAGCACUGUCAAGUCAGUCACUAAAUCAUAUUCCUAAGUGCCACAUCUACACAUCUUCUGAAUACCUCCAGGGAUGGUGACUCAAUCACUUCCCUGGGCAGUCUGUUUUAAGCUUGACAGCCCUUUCAUUGAAGAAAUUUUUCCUAAAAUAAAAAGGCUGUUGUUAACCCAUGUUAUAAAUAGCUGAAAAGGAACUGGUGCAUGGGAAAUAAAGACCACUUCAGUCUUGAGCAACUUCAAGCAUUUUUUGCCACCUCACAGGCUGGUGCCAGUAACCAAGUAUUUGCUUAACUUGUUUAUGGAAUGAGUCAGUAAGACAUAGGAAACUGAACAUAUAAGCAAUAUAAUAUGUAAGAGCCAAAGAGUGAAUGCCAAGGGCCUUCUUACGUUGUCUAGCAAUCUGGCAUUUACCAAAAAGAGGAGCUCUGGAUUCCAGUAACAGUUAAGCACAAAAUCCUAUGAUGCUGCAAAAUCUCUUGUGGUACCUGUCAAAAGUGAUCAGGGAUUGAAUGUAAAAAAUGGUACAAUGAUAUUGAAGGGUGUAAACAAUCAUUUCUCUUUGUUUUCUUGCAGUGCCUGUAGUUAAGAAAGCAGCACUUCAGCACUUUUUUGGAGCUGUCUUCCUGCUCUUUUAUUAUUAUUAGAAAUACACUGGAAUUUAGCAUUAGGGUAAGAAAAUGGCUAGGGGCAUUAGCUAUUAGAUCAGCCAUAUAUAUGGUUUUAUUAUGAUCAAAUAUUUUUUGUAGCUCUUCUUGUUAGUAUAAACAGUGAAGAGCAGCAGGGAUUGUCUCCUGACAUUUUUUGUUAAUUUUCUAGGAGACAAAACAAAAAUUGUUCUGUGUGUGUAAGCAAAUUCUUACAGUACUGCAGGAUGCUUGCUGCUCUAUUUGUUUUCUUGACUAAAAAUCUGUAUGUUGUGUUUCUGCAGUAGGUAUUCUCUUUUAAACUUGUUUCUGCUACUUGGUAUAGAUGCAUUUGGUACAUUAUUAAAAUUAUGAAAACUUUAUCAUUUGAAGGAAUUGCACCAUAAAUAUAUGAAGUUUCAAUUUACAGUGAAAGAAAAUAUUUGCUAUAUAUUGCCUUGUUUGGAAAGUAUGUAUUUCAGUGUUGAUUUUAUUAAGUUGAAACAUAGGAUAUGUAAUAGAAUCACAGUAAAAUUACCUGUCAUGGUAGCAUAUGUUUGUAAAGCACCACAGAAUGUUAUUAUAAAUCUUUACUACUUUUUCAGUUGACUGCAAUAAAUGAUGACAAAUUCCAGUGGUCUGUAGUAACAGAUAAAUUAAAUGCCUUUUUAUGACCCUUAUUUUGGUAUUUUUGUUGAAAAAGCAC